AUGGCCGAAAUGAUCUCGAGCGCCGCCACGGGUGUGUUGGGCUCCGUCAUCGACAAGCUGGCCGACAUGCUCACCGACAAGUACAACCUUGCCAGAGACGUCAAGCAAGGGAUCCGGUCCCUGCAAGACGAGCUGCGCACCAUGGAAGCCAUGCUGCUGAGGCUCGAAGACAAGGACGACGACCAGAUCGAUCCACUCGCUAAAGACUGGAGGAGCAAUGUGCGUGAGCUGUCCUACGAUAUUGAGGAUUGCAUCGACCGUUUUGUGCUCAAUCACAGCCAUGGAGAUGGAGGUUCCACGGCCAACUUCGUGCACAAGGCCAUUCAAAUGGUGAAAACAUUGUUCAAGGACAGAGGAAUAGCAGAGGAGAUCCGACGACUCAAGAGGCUCGUGAGCGAGCAGAGCGAGCGGGGGAAACGCUACUACGACAUCAAUCAGUGUCUCCUCGCCUCUUCAUCUCAGCCAGUGCUCUUGGAUCCUCGAGCACCUGCACUCUUUCAGGAGGCUAGGGAUCUUGUUGGAAUUGAUGCUCCUCGUGAGGAGAUCAUCAGCUUAUUGAGAUGUGAAGACAAGGAGCACAAGGUGGUGUCCAUCUAUGGGAUAGGUGGACAGGGGAAGACCACUCUCGCCAUGGAGGUGUACCACAAAAUAACUGAAGCUGCUUUUGAUAGCCGGGCUUUUGUGUUUGUAUCACAAACUCCAGAUAUGAAGAAACUUCUUAGAGAUAUAUUGUCUCAAAUAAGCAAGAGCCAUUUUGACCAGUCACAGAUGUUAGAGACAGUUGAGCAGCUCAUCCGCACAGCGAAAGAAUGCUUAAAGGACAAGAGGUACUUCAUCUUGAUUGAUGAUAUCUGGAGUGUAUCAGCAUGGGAGCUUCUACGAUCUGCCUUACCUGUCAAUGAUAAUGGAAGCAGAAUUAUUACUACAACACGCAUUGAAGCAGUAGCCAAAUCUUGUUGUACUGGUAUUGCUGCACAAAUGUAUCAAGCAAAGCCCCUUACUCAUGAUGACUCCCAAAGAUUAUUCUUUAAGAGGCUAUUUUUGUCUGGUGAUGAUUGCCACCCAGAUUUGAGGAAAGUAUCCGAUGAUAUUUUAAAGAAAUGUUGCGGCUUACCACUAGCCAUAAUCAGUAUAGCUGGUUUAUUAGCAAACAGAAGCAAAGCAGUGGAAGUCUGGGUCAAUGUAUUGAGAUCUAUUGCUGCUGCAGUUGACAAAGAUUCUCCCAUUGAUAAGAUGAAAAGAAUUCUGCUGCUGAGUUACGUUGACCUUCCUCACAAUCUAAAGAGCUGUUUGUUAUAUCUUAGUGUGUUUCCAGAGGAUUAUCCCAUAGAUUGCCGACAAUUGAUAAUGCUAUGGGUAGCCGAAGGACUGAUUCCUGGACAUGACAGGGAAAGUAUGGAGCAGCUAGGGAGAAGUUACUUGAAUGAGCUCAUCAAUAGAAGUUUGGUGCAGCCAACCAAGGUUGGGGGACACGGCGCAACAGUGAAACAGUGCAGAGUUCAUGAUGUCAUACUUGAGUUCAUUGUAUCAAAGGCCGUGGAGGAUAACUUUGUUACUAUAUGGAAUGGUAAUGGCUUUUCUAAAAAUUCUUCUUCAAACAAGAUUCGCCGUCUAUCCAUCCAAAAAGACAUUUCUUCCCGGGCAGAAGAGAUUGCCAAGACAAAAAAAAAUGGAGCUCAGAUCCGAUCCAUCAAUAUCUUUGGCUCAAAUUUAGUUCUGGUUAAUAAGCAUGCCACAGAGUUCUUAAACAGCCAAGUCUUGCGAGUGCUUAAUAUAGAUGGUGUGGUUGGUGAAUGCUCUCUUGGAAAUGUCAAAAGUUUAGGUCAGUUGAAGUUCUUGAGGAUAAAGAACAAAUUUUCGGCCAGCAAGCUUCCAGAAGAUAUAGAAAAGCUGCAACAUCUGGAGACACUAGAUUUGAGAUGGCAAUGUCUUGAAAAGCUACCAACAAGUAUUAUCCAGUUGCAGAAGCUAGUGCGUCUUCAUGUCCAUCCGUCGGUGCACCUACCUGAUGGAAUUGGAAGUCUGCAGGCGUUGGAAGAGCUAUCAACAAUCGAUUUUGGUAUUCAAUCUGUAAAGUUUAUCCAAGGACUCAGUGAUCUGACCAAUCUGAGAAUACUUGAAAUUGAUUGGCAGUACUUUAGGAAGGAUCACAAGGAAGCAUGUAUCUCUACGCUCUCCAGGCUGUUCGGGCACCUGCGAGAACUACGCAUGUGGGGGAGUGAACCUGAUGCCACAUGUUCAUUCAUGUCUUCGUGUGUCCCUACUCCACCACCGCUUCAAAUGCUUCUUCUUGAUACACAUAACCUAUAUAGGGUGGGCCCUCAAAUUAGCUCACUAGUCAACCUGACCCGCCUCCGCAUUUUUGUCCAUGGUGAAGCAGGCAAGGAAGGAAUAAAUAUCCUAGCAAGUUUACCCAUGCUGCUCUCUCUUACUGUUACCUUAUCCAAUGACCAAGAUGGAGAUUUAGGCAUCCUCUUCACAAGGCAUGCAAUCAGCAGACAAGGGUUCCAGCGUUUGCUCAAGUUUAAUUUGCGCUGUUGGCGCGAGGCGGCAUUGGAGUUUGAGCCGGGAGCCAUGCCAAAGCUCCAAAAGCUCAAGCUGGAACUGAGGGCACGGUGCCAGUUCAAGUUUGGGGAAGGUGGCCUCGUCCUUGGGCUGCAGAAUCUUGGACUAGGCCUCAAACAUGUGGCUGUGGAGGUUGUCUGCUAUGCUGCUGUUGCAGACGAGGUGGAGGCUUUGGAGGAUGACAUCAGGGGCGCAGCAGCCGUCCAUCCCAACCGUCCCAUGCUCCAGAUCCAAAGAAUUCAUCAAGAUUGGAUGGCUCAGGGAAGUCUGCAGGUGUUGGAAGAGCUAUCAAGGAUCAAUUUGGGUAUUCAAUCUGUAAAGUUUAUCCAAGGAUUCGGUGACCUGAUCAAUCUGAAAUUACUUAAAAUUGAUACACGUGACUUAAAUUGCAUGGACCCUCAAAUCAGCUCACUAGUCAACCUGACCCGCCUCCGCAGUUUUGUCCGUGGUGAAGUAGGCAAGGAAGGAAUAAAUAUUCUAGCAAGUUUACCCAUGCUGCUCUGUCUUACUGUUGGCUUAUUCAAUGACAAAGAUGGAGAUUCAGGCAUCGUCUACCCAAGAAACGCAAUCAACCCACAAGGAUUUCAGCGUUUGCUCAAGUUUCAUAUCCGCUGUUAUUGGUGUGACGCGGCAUUGGAGUUUGAGCCAGGAGCCAUGCCAAAGCUCGAAUGGCUCAAACUGCACCUGAUGGCACGGUGCCAGUUCAAGUGGGAAGGUGGCCUGGUCCUUGGUCUGCAGAAUUUGGCAGGCCUCAAACAUGUCGACGUCGAUGUUGACUGCUCUGCUGCUGUUGCUGAUGAGGUGGAGGCUUUGGAGAAUGACAUCAGGGACGCAGCAGGCGUCCAUCCCAAUAGUCCCAUGCUCCAGGCGACCUCCCGUGACGGCGAUGGGAUGGAUGAUACAGAGAAAAUCAAGGAGCCAAAUCAGAGUAUUAGAAUGGAGCAGAAGAUUCAAGGCUUCAUGCCGGUCGAAUUCUGCCAGAAUCUCGCCGUCCACCGGCCGCUGGAUCCAGUCAUCCCGAUAGGCGCAUGA